UUGAUUCGGCCAAAAAAGGUUUCUUUUAGGGUUAGCGUGGCUUUGCCUCAAAGUCUCUCCAUUUGAAGAUAAUUACUUUGUUUUUCUGGAGCUGAUUUUGUGUAUCUUUUUCGCCUUAAUCCUCUCAAUUUCAAAUCUGGCUCUGCUCUCUGGUGAGCAACUUAUUGGGAUUUUAGGAACUGGGCUUUCUUAAGCUCGAGACAAUUUGUUCUUCACUCUGGCCGCUUCUGCAAAGUCGUGUGCUUCUCGCACCUCUGCGCAGGUGUGGGGUGGCCUUGAAGUGGUGACUUCACUUUCUCUUCCAAGGAUUUCUCUAGCAUCAAUCAUUUGGAGGCUACGUCGUGUUUCAGAGGGUCUAACCCUUGAUUAUGGCUAACAUUUGUUAACGAACAUGAACCUCCAAAACUUAUAGCAACUAUCAGUCUUUGCAAAAAACGCAACUUAAUCUUAUUGUUUCUAGGUGUGCUUGUAAUUAAGAGUACGGGUUUCGUGGUAUAGUUUUUUUAGUUUGCUCUGUUGGUCUAGCUGGUGAUGUAGUCGAUGUUAUUAAGUUUGACACAAUGGUCAGGUUUUCUUGCUUUAACGCCAACAUCCACCGUAAUAGACCUAAGAAAUCCCUGGAAGGAUUUUCAGAACGAGUGAUCAGAGAAGACGUGUCUAAAUCAAAAGGAUUGAGCUCAUUCAUAUUUGGGAAAAACUUUUCUUCCAUUGGUGAAAACAGCAAGUCAGCUGGCUCUAACGCUAUUGAGCGUGUCUGGAAAUCUGAGGAAAUUAAACCCAGUGGCGUUCUUGAGCAUGAUAUUGAGACGCAUCAGGUACGGCAUCUCAAAAAAAGUCAGUCUCAUGGAGAUGAAAUAUACUUGGAUGGGAGGGAUGUUACAGAGAAUGGAACAGACGAUGGAACAGAUCGGAUUACUUCUCCAAACUCUCUUGAACAGAGUGGUACUCUCGCGGCAGGGAGCAGCAAGCGUGUAGAAGGAAGUCCUAAUCUGUACCAGAGAGCUCCUCAAGCUUCAGUUUCUGCUUACCAGGGUUCAGAUCAAGCACUCUAUGGGUCUAUUUUCUCGGUUGGAGAUCUUCAUCAUGCUGAUAAAGACAGCCGUCAGCUUGAUGAUACCUCGUUAUCCGGUGAACAGUUGGACAACUCAGACAGCCAAACACCUUAUGAUUCACCGUUGAUUGUGAGGUCGAACUCAAUGCCUAAUAUUGCUGACUCUGCAUCAGGAAAAUCUUCACCUUCCAAAUAUUCUUCUCACCACUCUAGAUCUUCUGAUGACCUUCGUGUUCUCAACACGCGCCAAACAGAUAAUUCUGUCCACGAGACUGAUGCUGAGGUGAAGCAAGAGCAAGAGCAAGAGCAAGAUCAAGAUCGGGACUAUGAUACGCAUAAAUCUGGAAACAGCAACAACAAGGAAAAUCUCGAUGAGGACGGAUAUGAUGAUGCUUAUGAUUAUUCUUCCCUGGCAAAAGAUUGGAUAGUACCACCUACAGAUGAGCUCAAACUAACAAAGUUCCUUGAAGGAGAAACAUCAAACCAGCAAGCAGAAUUUCCCGGAAAGGAUUUUAAAUUCAAGCGUAUCGAGGAUUGGGUCAAUGACCUUCAGCAUGUAAACUUGUCAGAGGAAGCUGAUGAAAUAACAGGGUACGACGAAGAGUUGUCAAGAGAACCCGUCGUGUUAAAUGAGCCAAAAACAGCUUCAGCUAAAGUAGAUGUCAUCAAAUUAACUCCUGGAAUGGAAGCUGCGAAAAAGUAUAUAUCCUCUCUGAGUGCUUCUGCAACCACAGCCCAGCUGGUUAGUCAUGGUCUGGUUGUGAUACCAUUCCUCAGUGCGUUUGUUGGUCUCAAAGUUCUUAAUCUCUCAGGAAAUGCAAUAGUUAGGAUAACCGCUGGUGCUCUUCCUCGAGGACUACAUGCACUGUAUUUGUCAAAGAACAGUAUCUCGGUGAUUGAAGGCUUACGUGAACUCACUCGGCUUCGAGUAUUAGACUUGAGUUACAACAGAAUACUGAGACUUGGUCAUGGUUUGGCUUCUUGCUCCUCCCUGAAAGAACUAUACCUAGCUGGGAACAAAAUCAGCGAAAUCGAGGGUCUUCACCGUCUCUUGAAACUGACGGUCUUGGAUUUACGCUUCAAUAAGUUUUCAACGACCAAAUGUCUCGGCCUGCUCGCUGCAAAUUACAGUUCUCUUCAGGCUAUAAGCUUGGAAGGUAACCCUGCACAGAAGAAUGUCGGUGAUGAACAACUAAGAAAGUACCUUUUGGGACUCCUGCCACAUUUGGUAUACUAUAACAGACAAGGCACUAAAGAUGCUCGGCUGGGGACAAGCACACAUCAGUUGGACCGAGGUCUCAGAUCAGAGCUCAAAAACAGUAGCCGAAAGAGUAGCCAUGGUGCAUCCAGUACCCACAAACCCGGAUCAUCCACAGCUCGUAAAGCUUCGGGUUUGCAGAAAAGAUCUAAGGAGAGAAGCAGCCGUCUUCCACCCGUGGGACACAAAGUAUCACCAGCUGCUUACGAGAAUUAUCAUGUUGCUACGGGUGAUAGAUUGUCUAGUCUGAGAUCUGAGCUCUCAAUGCGAAGAAGUCGAAGCGAAGGAACUCUUGGACCUAUCUGAUCUCUAUCUCUCUCGUUUGAUGCGGUUUCCACUGCGAGGUAAUGAUUGACGGUGGUUUCUUUGUUCACUCUAUUUCGUUCCUUUCGUCGUGUUUCAUCUUUGUGUUUUGUGAUUGUUGUGCAAUAAUAAUUACACCAUAGAAGCUUUGAUUCUUGCUUCUAGCUUCUCAAUAAUGUCUGAAACUGUAAACCAUGUAAUUCAUUCUUUUCAUCUCAGUUUGAGAUAUAAACAUAUUGCAAAGAGAACUCUGAAUCUCUUGUUUCUU